AUGGCCUCUUUGAACGCCCCGCGCCCGACCCUCGAGUCCCGUGGCUCUUACUGGGAGCGCCCAGGCGCGCAAGCUCGACACGACACCAACAACCACUUCAUCGGCAUUGACGUCGGUACCGGCUCUGCCCGUGCUUGCAUCAUUGACGAGACAGGCGACAUCAAGUCGCUGGCCUCUGAGACCAUCAAGCUGUGGCAGCCCCAGACAGGCUACUACCGCGUUGUUGAGGAGUCCGGCGUCGACGUCUCCAAGAUCAAGGGCAUUGGGUUCGACGCCACUUGCUCGCUGGCCGUCUUCAGUCACGACACGGACGAACCCAUUGCCGUCACCGGUCCUUCCUUUGACAAUGCCGACGGAGCCGAUCGCAACGUCGUCUUGUGGCUGGACCACCGCCCCGGAUGGGCAAAGUAUUCUGAGCGCCUGGGCGAAGCCUGGUCGGAUACCUCAGCCAAGAAAGGCCCCCGGAAACAACUCCGCCUUCCCUGA